CUAUCCUGAGUCGCCGAAUCGACGAGAGUAUCUUUUCUCCUCGUCCCUCUUUCUUGUCGUCGAAAUUUAUUUAUAAAAUACACCUACUUAAUACUAUUCUCUCGCACAAUCUUCGUACACAUCGCAAGAAAAUAUUUUUUACGCAGCCCGUGAGUUGAGAGUACCUCCAGUCUACUUAGUCUCAAAUAGCAGGUUUCAUUUGCAGAUUUGUGAUACUCUCGUGAAGUAAGUACAAAUCAAGAACAACAAUGAGUCUACAGUGGACACUGAUAGCCACGUUCUUGUAUGCGGAAAUUGCGGUGGUUCUUCUCCUGGUUCUGCCGAUUGCAUCUCCACAAAGAUGGCACAGGCUAUUCAAGUCCAGGUUCUUGCAGAGCCUUGGCCAGCAGGCCUCCAUUUAUUUUUUGGUAUUGCUCGCUAUUCUUGUUCUUUUCCUCCUCGACGCUAUCAGAGAGAUGCGCAAGUACUCGAAUACCGAAGUCAGUGAUCAUGCACACGCACAUUUGGAUGCUGAAAUGCAAGGCAACAUGAGACUGUUCCGAGCCCAGAGGAAUUUUUACAUUUCUGGAUUUGCUCUCUUUCUGAGUCUUGUGAUUCGUCGGCUCGUUAUUCUGAUCUCAGCUCAAGCAACACUGCUUGCUGAGAGUGAAGCCUUGAUGAAGCAAGCUCAGUCUGCCACGACAACUGCAAGGAAUCUUCUUCAAAAAUCUGGGGAAAAUGCUCAAAAUGACUCAAAUGAGAUUCACGAUAAGGUUGUUAAGGAGCUAAAGACCAAGCUCAAGGACUCUGAAGCCAAGAUUUCAGAGCUGGAGAAUGAACUGACGAAAGAGAAGAAAGACAAGACAGCAGUAAAAUCGCAAGCUGAUUCCUUGGCUAAAGAGUAUGACAGGUUAAACGAGGAGUAUUCCAAGCUCAUGACUGCUGGUGGUAAGGAUAAAAAGGGCAAUUAAAUUUUUUUUUCUCUUCCCGUGUAUACUUCUGGCUUAAGUACCUGGAUAUCAAAGCAGAAGAAUUUGUUUUACAAUGUUGUAUAGUUUUUUAAAAAGUUAAAUGAGUAAUGCUUGUAUUAGUAAUUUAAAUUAAUAAUUACUACUUACAAUGCAUUCUAAAAAAACUAAUAACGAUUUCAAAUUGGUGAUUUAGAAAGGUAUUGGGUAUUCUUGGUAUCAGAUAAAAAUCUAUGAAUAAUUUGGUGUGUGUACUUUUAUAAUUAGUAAAACACCACAAAAUACGAUCAUUUUAUUGUUAAUAUUCUUUAACUUGUUUGAGCUACAUUAAAGAAAAACUUUUAUAAAACUAGAAUCAUAUUUCAAUACUUACAUUACUUUUACAAAUUACUAAUUGUAAUUUUUACCUCUUAAAUAAGUAAAAUCAUGUUGUAGAGUUUUCAAAUAAUGCUAUAAUAUAAUAGUGUAUCUCUAAAUCUAAUUCUACUUCAGUAAAGUCUAUUUUUGAAAAAAAAUGUACAGUAGUAUUGAAAUGAAAUUAUGUAAAUGACCUAAGAGUAAGAGUUUUAUAAGGUAUGCUGAAAAUUCGAAUGCGUUUGAUUUUUGUAUUUAUAUUUUAUUUAAUAAAAAUACUCUAAGAACUUGAA